AUGAACCAUCUUCCGCAAGCCUGGGGACGUCCUCGAGACGAUGUUUACGGUGCCUACGACGGCUCGUACCUCCAAAGCCAUGGUCCGAAUCAACACACCAAAUCUCCAAUCGUCACCGGUACCUCAGUACUCGCUUUGAAGUUCAAGGACGGUGUUGUGAUUGCGGCAGACAAUCUUGCAUCAUACGGAUCUCUUGCACGAUUCACGGAUGUUAAGCGCCUGCGAAAGUUUGCCGAUACGACUGUUGUUGGUUUCGGUGGUGACGUUUCGGACAUGCAAUACCUUGACCGACUUCUCAACUCCUUAGAUAUCGAUGAAGCAUAUGGCCCAGCUGGACACACCCUCAACGCUAAAAAUCUCCACACCUACCUAACCAAAGUCUUCUACAAGCGUCGGUCUGACUUCAACCCGUUGUGGAACCAGGUCUUGGUGGCAGGCUUGGAUGAAGAGAGCAAGCCUUUCCUGGCAAGCACCGAUUUACUGGGUACAGCCUUCAGCUCGCCCAGUUUGGCUACAGGAUUCGGUGCGCAUUUGGCUCAGCCGCUAUUGAGAAAGGUUGCGCCGGAUGAGGAGGCUGCGUCUAAACUGUCCCAGGAGCAGGCAUUGGAGGCAGUGAAGGAGAGCAUGAAGGUAUUGUUCUACAGAGAUGCUAGGAGUUUGGACAAGUACUCGAUUGCAGUCGUUUCGAAGGCUGGUAUUGAGUUGAAGGAGGAUGAGAAGCUUGAGAAGCAGAGCUGGGCAUUCGCCGAUCAAAUUCGCGGAUAUGGAACACAGGUCAACUAA